UAAAAACUUCAAAAUAAAAUUUAUUUUACAUCAUAUUGACAAUAAAAGUAAUAUUUAACUCUAUAAGCAAGAAUGUAAGUUAACAAACCGCUAUGAAAGGCUGCACCGCGACACCUCGCACAAUCAACCCAAUCAGAGGAAAAAACUAUUCAGGCGAGGGGGCUAAUGCCAAACAAAUCUCGACCCCAAAAUUCGCACUUUCCCCCACCCGAGGCCACGCCCCGAGCCUCCGCGCCUCAGUGCUCGCUGCGCCGCGCGCGAAGAUGGACGCGCCCCGCUAUGGGAGCGAGGAACGCGACACGAGCAGUCCCGCGUCCCGCGUCAGCACACCAUGUUCCAACUCCUCCAUAAACGUGACAGAGCCCAUGAGCUUAACGCAGCACCAACAGAACUUAGAGACUUUAAACAGGAUGGGGAUGUUUUUCCACGCGCAGCAGAUGCAGCUGAGUCAGUUGGACGCGGUGAAGAGCAGGCUGCUGUCGCCGCCGGGGCCGCGGCACACCAUCGACGCCAUCCUGGGGCUGAGCGGGCGGCCGCUGCACGAGGAGCCGGUGCCGGUGUCGCCGGACCCGGACCAGAGUGCCGGGGAAGGUUCCUGCAACAGCAACGACGGCUUCCACCCCGACAAGUCCCCCGCGGCCUCUGACGACGACCCGGCGGCCGACGGCAAGAAGAAGCACCGCCGGAACCGGACCACCUUCACCACCUACCAGCUCCACGAGCUUGAACGGGCCUUCGAGAAGAGCCACUACCCUGAUGUGUAUUCGAGAGAAGAACUGGCGAUGAAGGUCAACUUGCCUGAAGUCAGAGUACAGGUGUGGUUCCAGAACCGGCGCGCAAAAUGGCGACGACAAGAGAAGAUGGAAGCGGCUCGACUCGGCCUGUCAGAGUAUGGCUGCGGCGGCGGAGUCCCCAGGCUAGGUGGACUGGGACUGCCUGUGGACCCCUGGCUAGCACCUCCCCUACUCACGGCACUACCUGGUUUCCUGAGCCACCCGCCCUCCGGCUACCCGAGCUACCUGACGCCGCCGGCGCCGGCGCCCGCGCCGCCGCCCGACCCGCGCUCCUCCUCCAUCGCGGCGCUGCGCAUGAAGGCCAAGGAGCACGUCGAGUCCCUCAGCAAGGGCCUGCAGAUGGUCUAAUCCUACCACUAGUUACGUAACACAUGGACGGUGCGAGAACUCGAAUCCAAGUUUAGGUUACGCUCCGCAUGAAUACCGAGGAGUAUUAUGGACAUCCCUUAGCAAAGGCCUGCAGAUGGUCUAAUCCUACCACUAGUUACGUAACACAGGUGGACGGUGGGAGAACUCGAAUCCAAGUUUAGUUUGCGCUCCGUAUGAAUACCGAGGAGUGUUAUGGACAUCCCUUGGCAAAGGCCUGUAGACGGUCUAAUCUUCUUCUAGCUACGUAACUCAGAUGGUGGCAUCUACUUAGUUAGAUUGCUGGUCCCUGAGGUAUAUUGCAACAUCAAACGAUCAUAAAUGUUCAGACGAAAUGUAACGAAACCUGCAUGCGAGUUCUUGCAUCGUCUAAAUGAGCUGUAACUCAAAUAAUAGAUGUGGGAAGUCAAAAAAUCCAACGAAACGGAAGAACCGAUUUGAGUCGCUAUUUCCUUGAUAAUUUACGUUCCUGUUGUUACCACAUUCGUUUUGCGAUUAGAGCGCUUAAUCUGUCACUCGGUGUAACAAUGUGAUCAACCAAAAUAAUCGCUAGUUUUCCGCUGCUCCAAGUGCUGCAAACUUGUAGCAGUAACGCUGCAUUCAGAUUGUAGCCUUUAUGGCAAUUAUGUAAUACGGAAUUUCUUGUUCGACUCUGCACAUCUAUUAAUUUGAGUGUUUGUGUAAUUAAGACUCAAAUCCCUUGAAGAAUUUAUAUUGUUGGAUUACAUUAAGGCUGGUCUUGACAUCUAUAAUUAUGUAGACUUCAAUACUGUAAUAUUGAAUGGCUAAAUUGGUUAAUUAUUAAGUUAUUUCAUAAUGAGGUCAAGAGUUCCUUUUUCAUGACUCUAACUAAACGGAAUUAGGUACAGAGUGAUAUGUUCCAGUGGACUCAAUUUAUGUUUCUAAAACAAGUUGUGAUGGCAAUAUCACAACUUGAAUAUAUUGUAUAGAUAUAUAUAACAUUUUUUACACAAUUAUAGAUUUUCCAGAAAUUUAAUAUUUUGCUUGAAGAGUUUUUUUGAUCUAUUAAUGUGUUUAAUGAAAUACUCCACAGCCUACCAAAACCUAAAAGAGUUUGUCGCACCUUAAAUAACCUAUUGUUAUCUUUUUUGUAGUAAUUUUGAAUGUGUCCUUAUUGUUUCCACACUUUCUUUAGAUCUCUUCAUCAGUAUUCGUUAAUGUAAUAAAGACUUGCGUGAUGAAAGCAAUACUAUUAUAUGUUUAAGACUCCGAAACUGUACAUAAUAGAAGAGUCUACCUAAUAGGCUGCCUUUCCACAAUGACUGCGGUGGAGAUGAGGGGAGAGGAGAGGAGUGUGGGAAUUAACCAAAGCAUUGGUUGUAAUGAACAUAUUUACUUCGCUCCACUGGUAUACAACAUACAACCAAUGCUAUUUAUGAUUCCCCCAUAGCACGCGUCCUCUUAUCUCCGCUUCAGUGUAAAGGCAGUCAUAUAUUACGCAUUCCCUUAGUUAAUGUAUAUUUCAUGUUUAUGUAAAACCUUCACAACCCUAGAAGUACUAAAUACUGUUCUUUUUUUUUUCAAACUUUUUGUAACACAUACACCAUAUUUUUCUAAUAACCGACGUUAAGGCACACAUUGAUUAGCUACAAUAUGCUACGUUUCAUAGAUCGGCUGUGUCGGAACGUGUCGCAUUUCGAGUAUUUUUAUUAAGAAAUCGAAGAAGUUUUUGUUCCAUUUAUCAGUCCGAUCGGCACAGCACGCGGCAGUGCGCUAUCAAUUGGUGAAUUGCCGAGACUACUCGUAUGCUCGAAUGACAUUUUGUAAUUUUUAUUUCUCAUUUGAAACUGAGUAAAUUUUUCUAAUAAUAUUACAAGCUAGAAUAUUUUGUACGGGUUGUGGCCGGUUUUAGGUUAGUAUGGUCAGUUCAUAGAAUGUAUUGUAAAUAAUGUUUGUAUUAAAUUGUACAUUUAUUGUAAGAGUAGGCACCUAUUUAAAUUGCAUAUAAAUAUUAUUUAAGAUAUACUGAGCUAGAAGUUUAAUUGAUUAUUUUUGAUUAUGAUUAACAUAAAAUCUUUUUAGAGUAAGAUGUAUUCGAAUAAUUAUAAAUUAUAUUGCAGAAUGUCAUGUGAUUCCGAAUAAACGUAAUUACAACAUACAACAUAAUAGAAUAAUGGGUGAAUUUUUAGGCAUAGGGAAGCGU